AAGUUACAAAAACCCAUUGCCAGAGAGAGAAAACACAGCGAGAGAGAGAGAGAGAGAGAAGGAGAAAAGAAAUCAUUUCCAGCGCUCCCCCUCUCUCCCUCCCGUCGUUUCUUCCCUCCAAAAACGCUCUCAUUGAUACUGCCCAUCUCAGGUGCAAAGUGACGUUCUGAAGAGGAUGGGGACCAAUGAUGCCAAUGAAGUAUUGAUUUCUGGGGGCGCUGAGGCUGAAUGUUCUGAGGCUACCGUGGAGAUAAAGAUAAAAACUUUGGAUUCUCAGACAUACACUUUGAGAGUGAAUAAAUGUGUUCCUGUUCCUGCGUUGAAGGAACAGAUUGCAACAGUCACUGGUGUAUUAUCAGAACAACAGCGCCUAAUAUGCCGUGGAAAAGUUUUGAAGGAUGAUCAACUCCUUUCAGCUUACCAUGUGGAAGAUGGGCACACUUUGCAUUUGGUAGUCAGACAACCAGUUCCUCCUCCAUCUGCAUCCACAAUGGGCUUCAUGGGAUCUGAGGGUUUACAUGAUCAUUCAGCAUUUCCAUUUGCAGCAAGCGAGCCUACCACAAAUGCCAGCCACGGCCAAGGUAAUCAGGUAGCUCAUAGUGUAGUACUUGGAACCUUCAACAUAGCUGAUCAAGGAGAUGGAACUCUUCCAGAUAUCAACCGGAUUGUUUCAGCUGUUCUUGGUUCUAUUUUAACUAAUGGGAGCAACAGUGAAGGGGGCAAUCGUAGGGAGUCUGGUUCUGAAAGGAUUGACAGAACAAUUGGUGCUAGUGUUCCACAUGAUUCAAUGCGACCUCAACCUAGCCAGCCUGCUGCAGGGGUUCAAUCUGAUCCACUGCAUGGUGCUUUCCGAUUUCCAUCUGCAGUUUCUUUGGGGCCUCUGCAGCCACCUGUUAUUCCUGAUUCUUUAGCAACAUUGUCUCAGUAUUUAACUCGAAUGAGGCAUGAAUUUCAUGUCAUUGCAAGGAGUUACAACAACAAUACUCAACCUGCUGGUGUCACUGGUAAUGAAGGACAGGAACAUGAUUCUGCACCACAUUCAAGUGCAGGACAGGCAGGUCUACCUACACCAGCAUCAUUGGCAGAAGUGAUCCACUCCACACGACAUAUGCUCAUUGAACAAGCUGGAGAAUGCCUAUAUCAACUUACAAGACAACUGGAGGGUCAAGCAAAUAUGACUGAUCCACUGAUGCGGAUGACAGUUCAGUCUAAUGCAAUGAGAUCAGGAGUUAUUUUGCAAAAUUUAGGUGCUCUACUACUUGAGCUUGGUCGGGCAACCAUGACACUGCGAAUGGGCCGUACACCCUCCGAGGCUGUUGUUAAUGCUGGACCCUCAGUUUUCAUAUCAACAUCUGGUCCCAAUCCUAUAAUGGUGCAGCCUCUUCCUUUUCAACCAGGAACAAGUUUUGGUGCAGUCCCCAUGGGAGCUGUACAUUCUGGUUCUAGUUUGGUUGGUAGUACUCUUGCUUCUGGUUUUAUUCCAAGGAAUAUUGAUAUACGGAUACGUACAGUAACUGGGUCCUCAAUUCCCACAGCCAAUGUUAAUCAAGGGGAACAAGCUGGUGUACAGCAACCUCCAGGGCAAACAAAUCCAGCAAGACCUGUUUUAGCAGGGGCUGCAGGUGCUCAUUCUUUUACUGGAGAGUCUGGAGUAAGGGUAGUACCAAUCAGAACUGUGGUUGCAGCAGUUCCUGCUCCAGUCAACCGUCCACCUUCUGAUCCAUCUGGUAGUUCUCUAGGGUUAUUCUAUCCACUUCUUGCUAGAGUUCAACAUGUAACUUCUGGCCAUUUCAGCAGUCCAAGAGGUUCCCAAGUGGCUUCUGAACGACCUCCGAGUGUUCCUGAAACUGAGCAACGUCCAAGCCCUGAAUCUGCAGUGCAACACCAAAAUAUAGGAUUAAACCAUGAUGCUUCUGCAAGAGAUGUCAACUCAACAAAUACAACCCCACAAAAUGAUCAAGGGAUAACCAGAAAUGCUGCUGAUGCAAGGGAUGCAGCCUCUGGAGUGGGAUCUGAUGAUGGGAUAUUCUUAUCCAAUUUGCUUCGCCAAGUUAUACCCGUGAUAUCCCAAAUCACAGCUACAGAGCAAGAUGUUAUAUUACCAGAAAGUAUAGACACUUCGGGGCAUAGAGCUGAUUGUGGUUCUUCAACACAAACCACAGAGAGCUCUAGCACUGGGAACUUGCGUAGGUGCAGUGAUCAUAUUCCGACUGCUCCAAAUUCAAAACGUCAGAAGAAGGAGUAAUCUGUUCCAAAAGAAUGCAGCUAUGGUCAACAUACAACUGUGAAAAUGGAUGCUUAACUCUAAUCACAAGAUUCAACAACUUCAUCGUACAGGUAAUUGGAGGCAUUUUUUUUUUCUCUUUGGUCAUAAGUGGCAGGAUGUAUCAAACUUUCACUUUUUUUUUUUUUUUGUUUUACUGAGCAACAUGUGAAAAUAAUGUGACAUUCCUUACGUAGUAAAUUCAAUCUUCUCUUCGUAAUUUAUUUAAUUACAUCUUUACUGUGA